AUGUAUGCUCAGCAGUACACGCCUCAGCAUGCUUCAGCAUCGCCAGUCGCGGCGUCUCACUCUCCGCAGCAGCCCAUCCGCCCCAUGUACCAGCAGCAGGGAUUUGCGCCUAGCCCGUUCCAGCACCAGCAACACCCACAGCGCCCACAGCACCAUCAGCAGCAGCAGCAGCAGCAGCACCAUCCCCACCACGCACCACAGCAUAUGCACCCUCAGCAGCAGCAGCAACACAACCACCAAGGCCCUGCCCCUCCAGCGCCUCAGUUCCAGCAGCACCAACAGCAGCACCACCUCCCGCCGCACCAUCAGGCCCAAGCGCCGGUCCCACAGCAGCAGCACCACCACCAGCAACAGCACGGCCACCACCAAAUGCAUCCACAAAUGAUGCCAGCAAAUCCCAUGGGCGGACCGACCUACAACCAUCAUCAAAUGCAGCCUCAUCCCGCUGCAGCCCGCACCCCCAUGGCCAACACGCCCAAUGCCAUGCAGCCCGCCAAUGCCUACAACCCCCCUAGGCCUCCCGAGGUUUUUACCCUGGCCGAAUCCCUCAACGACCAGAUCCCCGAAGAGGUGCGCAGCCAGUACAACAGGGACGAGAACGGCAGAAUCUUUUUCUACUCUACACCGCCCAUCGCCCGCCCCGAACACGGCCUCGCCCCGGACAAUGCCAACUCGGGCCACAGCCUCGCCUACCUUGCUAAGAGCAACCCGCAAUGGCUGGCCGAACGCGCCUCCCGCGCAAAGCCCUUUGCCGUCGCCAAGCAGAAGGAGUUGAAGGUCAAGAUGGCCCUCGACAAGGUCACCGAACCCGCCAAGGGGAAGACGGGCGAUGAGCUGCGCGACUGGGCCGCCGAUUCCCUGGUCCGCUACGUCGAGGCGCACGCCCAGGAAACGUCGCGCAUGCGCGAGGAUGGCGAUCUGGACGGGCAUGAUCGCCUCAUGAAGGAGCAGCGCGCCGCCCGCCGCAAGAAGACGAGAAAGGAAUUGGAAGAGGAGGAGGAGCGAGCCGACGAGGCGAAGCGUGCCAAUUACCUUGAGGACAUCUACUUUGUCCACUCCAGUCUGCGCACGCCCAAGCCUGCUCACUGA